CCCAAAGUGUCUUGUCAGUGAAUUCUUGAAGUUAUUAAAUUAAUGAGCUAGAGUCGUUUAUUUCUUUCUUAAUCAUCAUCUAGGUUCAUCCAAAAAUGGGUCCCUUGCCAUUGUUAGUGUUGUUCUCAAUUCUGGGGAAUAAUCUGCAAUCAAACGCUUUUCCAAGUCUUUCCAGCAUCAGAAGCAUCAACGAAUUCAACAAUGCCAUAGCUGCGACUCUCUACGAAGCUCACAAGCUCUCCUUAACUCAACCCGAUUCGAUAAACAAACUCGGGCUGUUGUUGAACGACACGAAUUUGGUGGCUCAACAUGUCAUCGGUAAUCACCUUAUCGCGCUAUCAGAGUCAAUGCAGGAAUCACUGGACCCGUUGAUCGAAGCGCAUAAAGAUUCAUGGAACUUCAACGACGUUACGACAAAACUGGUUAAUUCCUUUGAACAAUUCGAUCAAUUCUUUAAUACCUUCACCGCAUUGGUAGCUUACGACACCAUCGAAGAUUCUAGUUACAACCAGGUUAAUGAAGAAGCGUUCGGAAAUUUCGUUUCCGAAAUCAUUAACGACAACAAAUUGGAGAAUAUCAUCACCUCAAUUUAUGAAGCGGUGACACCAAGAGAGUCUAACAAUACAUUUACCUUCCUUCGAGACUAUCUCAAAGAAUUUGAUAAGAAUUUUAAGAAUUAUGAACGAUGUGAUUUUACCAUUCCGGUGCAGGAUAACAUCAAGAACGUCUACGAUCUGGUGGUUCUUAACGAAAUCCGGGGAUUCGCGAUGAUUCUUUUUGCUCUGAAUUAUCAGCAAAUAACUGACGGAGUCACCAAUGAAAAUGCUAUUUCCGAAAAAAUAUCGAGUUUUAUGGAGCGAGUCCACACAACGCUUGGUGUAGCAAAAACGUUGACAUCCAACGCUAGGAUAGAUUUACUUGCCUGUGAUCCGAAUCAGCAUGUACUAGAUGAAACUUGUUUCAGAUUGGAAGAUUUGUUCACUAAGUAUUUUGCAAACGAACAACAAUUGUCUGAUACAACCGACGUUAAUUUCAAGUCCUUUUCCACUUACAACCGCGUUGAGUGCUUAGAUGAAACGAGCAACAGCAAUGCAUUACAUCUUAAGUAUUACUGCCCUGAGCGACAAUGCUUUGGGAAAAUACACGACUGCAGAACCGUGUCUCAAAUGCCGGCGUUCUGCGAAUCGCCAUACAAAUCAGGUCCUCGGUAUCUGUGGGCCGUAGACAAAUACAACAGCACGAAUAUUGAGAACUGUCCUGGAGAAUUCAUCGAUACGAUGACUAAAUCUUCAUACAGGAGCUUGAUGUGCCAGUGCUCUGAAGAAGGCGCGGAGUCGGAAGCGACUCGGGCUAUCAAUAUGAAUCCGCAAAUGGCGGAUUUCAAAAAUAACAUGGUGGUUACAAACGUGAGAUUCUUAAAACAAGACAACAUGAUCCACCUCCAAAUCGAGCAAGGAGCUUUACUACCCGAGGCCAAGAUCGACCCAGACACUGUAGAAAUAGUUCCAGUUGGCAGAUUUCGUUACUUAAAAGACACAGACACUGGAUCAUUCGUUAUGAUCAACCCUAGUGAUUAUGAUGAUGAAAUCUACCUAAAGUACGACACUAACUAUACCUUUAUCACUCACGACCACAACGUGCUUCACCUAGACGAAAUCAACGUCGACAGAGGCUACGUCAUAACAGGCGUCAGACUACGAAACUCGGAUUUCAACCCCGAAAAUGGAAUCAACACCUCGCCAAUCGAGUUGCAGGUACAUGCAACUAAAUUCGAUUACCACAAGGGUAUCUUACGUCCGGAUCUCUCUAAAGGAACGGUAUGGAUCACGCCCAAGAACUUGGACAACCGUCCCGGGUACACAAGCGAAAGGGAAUUGUUGGACUUGUCGAAUAUGGAAGAUUCGAUGACUGAAGAAUUCAUCAAUGUAGUGGAUUCACUGCCCAAUCAAGAGAUCGAAUUCCAGCCUUCGGCCGUCAGUGGAAACUUGGGACAAACUACCAUUCCGUACUUCGAUGCGCGAGCACCUGCAGUAAACAACCUCAGAGCACUGAAAGGAGUAGGAAUUAUCCAUAGAGGAGUUGAUGGAUUCGGAGGAUUUUUAGCUCCGAAGUUAAUGACUAUUAAUCAUACUGAGUAUGCCUUAGCCGGUGUAAAAACUGCAGAUAAGAAGAAGUGGAUGAAGGAAUGGUUGAAAUAAGGUGCUUCUCUAUUGUAAAUUCUAAUUGAAUUCCUUGUUAAAAUUACUUUAUGUAACUACUUUUAGUAAACAAUAAAGAUGAUGUAAACUAA